UGGUGUGCAACUGGGAUAUGCAGCUCAAAAUAUUGAGUAGGCAGAUGUUCAAGAGGUUGAGGCAGCUGAUGUGACUACCAAUGGGGAACGCAAGUUGCAACCACUGCGCUAGAUGAGAGCGCAGGCAGGACAUCCGAACUUCUCAACUUGCCUUGACAAGGAAACAGAAUACAUGGAACAGGAGGAAGGAAGGAACGACACAAACUGUCUUUUAGCUUGCUACGCCAACAUGACAUAAGCAACAAAUGCACCUUUGUGGUGAAUUGUGCUACCUAGUUAGCUAGCUGGCUAACUUUCUAGCUAACUAAUUCAUUGCCACAUUACAAGCUAGCUAGGCUAGCCAGAUUCGUUUACGAUCAUUAACGCGCACACGGCAGCUAGCUUAUGUUACAGUCUGAAAAGGGUGGGACGUCAACAUCACACGGGAAAACGUGCGGUGUUUACUAACAUUUCGCUCGCUCAGUUACGAAUGUUGUUGUUAAUAACUAGAUGAAUUAGCUAGCUAGCUUACAUACCAGACGAUAGCUAGUCCUGACAGCCAUCGUUAGCUAGCUACGUAUUCCAUGGCAUCAGUUUUGUUUGUAAACGUUCGCCUGGUUACAUACUGUUGGUUGUGACCGUGCCAAAGAAAUAUAUGUAUUAUUGAGAGAAUCAUGGCUAAAAUAGAGAAUGGUCGCCAGUCGGCCGACUCGAGAAGUAUCCGGACCAUUAGUAGCAGUCAUAUGGACGACGAGAGCUCCCUUGGCUCAGACUCCGAGAUGAACGGCUUUACCAACGACAGGCACACUGAUAAAUAUGGAUUUAUUGGAGGGGCGCAACAGUAUUCAGAAGAAUCGGCUCAGGAUGUCCCUCCAGAGGUGCUGAGGCAGCGAGAGGUCAAGUGGCUAGACAUGCUGAGCAACUGGGACAAAUGGAUGGUCAAGAGACACAAAAAGGUGAGACUGCGGUGCCAGAAAGGAAUCCCUCCCUCACUGCGAGGCCGUGCUUGGCUCUACCUGUCAGGAGGAAAAGUGAAGAGGGAACAGAACCGGGGGAAGUUCGAGGAGCUGGACAGUCAGGCUGGAGACCCAAAAGAGCUGGAUGUGAUUGAGAAAGACCUGCACAGACAGUUCCCCUUCCAUGAGAUGUUUGUAUCACGAGGGGGCCACGGACAGAAGGACCUGUUCCGUGUUCUGAAGGCCUACACGCUGUACAGGCCAGAGGAGGGCUACUGUCAAGCCCAGGCCCCCAUUGCUGCUGUGCUGCUCAUGCACAUGCCUGCUGAGGAUGCAUUCUGGGGACUGGUCCAAAUUUGUGAGAAGUACCUCCCUGGAUACUACAGUGCCGGGCUGGAGGCCAUCCAGUUAGAUGGAGAGAUCCUGUAUGCUUUGACGCGGCGUGUCUCCCCCAUAACCUACCGCCACCUGGAGAAACAUAAAAUAGAGCCCAUUCUCUACAUGACAGAGUGGUUCAUGUGUGCCUUCUCCCGCACCCUGCCCUGGGCCUCAGUACUCCGUGUCUGGGACAUGUUCCUCUGUGACGGUGUGAAGAUAAUUUUCCGGGUGGGCCUAGUGCUGCUGAAGUGCAUGCUGGGUACCCGUGAGAAGCUGAAUGCGUGUCAGGGCCAGUAUGAGACCAUGGAGCUGCUGAGGGCCAUAGAGCCACGCUACAUGCAGGAGGGCUUCCUCGUCCGGGAGGUUCUGGAUGUGCCCAUCUCAGAGCGGGACGUUGAGAACGAGCACCAUGUUCAGCUGAAACGCUGGAGGAAGAACCGCGGUGAGCUGCACUGGAAGUCUCCUCCCAGAAUGCACGGUGCCAGGGCUAUCAUGGCUUCGGAGCCUCCCAGUCGCCAGGACCUUCGUCAGAACCCCACCAUCAUUGUCGAGUCGCCCCUGCCUGCCCCUCAGCUGCAGAAGAGAGAGAAGAAGGGCAAAGAGGAGAAGAAGAGCAUUAAGAAAACCCCUCCUCCUGUCAUGGAGAUCCCCAACCCUUAUAAUUUACCUGGUGACCCUAAGCUUCCACUCAGAGAUCCUCAGCUUCCACUCAGAGAUCCUCAGCUUCCACUCAGAGAUCCUCUGCCUCAGCUUCCACUCAGAGAUCCUCAGCCUACUCUGAGAGACUCACCAGCACAGAAGCUCCUCGUCAAUGACACACCCCUCCCAAACACACUUAAAGACUCUCACCUACCCCACCAACCAGCCCUUAAUGACCAACCAGCCCUCAACGACCAACCAGUCUUUAACGACCAGUCUCUUCUCAAAGAGUCGCCCCUCCAGAUGUCCAGACAGAGCCUGAGUAGCACAGAGGCAGAUCAUCAGGACACAUACCUGUAGCUCUCGCUGUGGGCAGAAGGUGGAACUGCAUGUGUGAAACUGGGCCUGAUGGUGAGUGAGAGAAGAACUGGAACAACCCCUGUUUUAUCCUGGACAGUUCUCAUUCACUCGCUCACUCACUCUCAGGCCCUCUGCAUGCCAACCAAGCCCUCUGUCUCUUUAUCAGGCACUAGCACAGCUCAGCCAUAUACCAGCAACUGGGUGUACCAUGGCUAAUGUCACUGCAGCCCAACUAUGGGCGACAAUUGUAUAUUUUUCAUAUGAUUUUUAUUCUGCCUGCUUUUAAGACACCGUAUUGCCUAGAGCAAGCACACAGUCAGCAGCAUACACUAAUGCAUCACUGCCAAGUGGUAUAAUCCUUAUGUUACCUCUUCAUGCUUCUUCACUCUGACUGUUACUGAUGUGCAAGGGAGAUGGUGUUCUUUGUGCAAGGUAGAUGGUGUUCUUUGUGCAAGGGAGAUGGUGUUCUUUGUGCAAGGGAGAUGGUGUUCUUUGUGCAAGGGAGAUGGUGUUCUUUGUGCAAGGGAGAUGGUGUUCUUUGUGCAAGGGAGAUGGUGUUCUUUGUGCAAGG